AGGCCACAUGAUAUGUAAUUGAAUACACAUCAAAAGGAAAUACUGCAUUCAUAAGUAUAUUUGAGACUAGCACAAGAUGGCAGUGUUGCAUUAUAACAAUGAAUCCGUGCAACUAGCAACAAAGAACAUUCAUCCUCCCUCUCAGUGGUUUCCACUUGGUUUGCAGUGAAAUAUUUCUGAUUUGUGUAUCAGCUGCUGUUACUUCCUGUUUACUUAGCUGUUAAAACUGGCAGCUAGAAAAGGCACCUCCUUCAUAGGCGAGGUAAUGUGGCCUGUCUCUGAGCUCUGACGUUCGUCCUAAGACACAUGCUGUAAAAGAAUUCUACAAAUGAAUUUCAUUUUUGUAUGGUAGCGCAAGAUUUAUUGUCAUGCAUAUCAAGAAAUCGGAUUCAUUCGAGCAGAUGUUCAAAGCUAUAAUAUUCUUGGAUUGAACAGUAAAAGUUACUUGACAAAAAUUAACUAAUGACUUUCAUUUGGUUACUGGCUACAGAGUUAUUUUGCCAUUAACAGUCCUUUUAACAGUUUAACACUAGUUUUGAUUUUAAAUAUGGAUACAUAUGAGGAACUAAGCCUGGAAGCUAGCAAAUUCAUACAAGAUCUGACUUUAUAUGAAGCUUCUAAAGAUGGACUUUUUCGUGUGGAUAAGGGAGCUAGUAACAACCCUGAAUUUGAAGAGACCAAAAGAAUAUUUGCUGCCAAGAUGGCAAAAAUCCAUCUUCAGAAUCAGCAGAAAAACAUUCCAGACACUGGCACAAGUGAAGGAAAUGGUUCAAAUCUCCAGUACACUUAUUCAAUGCCUAAGAGUGUAGAAGAAGUUCCAGUCACCUAUAAUGGUCAAUCUAGUUCUUCAGUAGGUCAGUCUGAUUACAAAACAUACAGAGAGUCUUAUAAAGUUAAACCUGAGAUUGAUUCUGCUGAUAGUUCUGAAGAGCCUGUGAUUCGACAUGAACAUGAAACCAUGUUACUUAGUCCAGUUAGUAAAGUUGGCCAUGCUAUUCCCAGUCAACAGUUUACUUGUAAGAAAGCUAUCAGUCCAAGUAAUGAAAGCUUGGAAAGAGAAAGAAUUGGCUCAGAAAAUAUGCAUAGUGAUCUAAAUUUAUCAUCAAUGAUAAACUGCAAGCCAAUGGAAAAAAAUACACCACAUAAUAAAUGUUCACCUUUAAUAUCAUCAUCAGUUAUUUUUGGAGAAGAAACUAAUACACACAUUCCACAGCAGAAAUUUUUUAACUUGUCAUCUCCCAGCUCCAUCAAUUUGCAGAAAACUUCUGAUCAUGUAUGUCUGUCUGAAACAAAAGCUGCAAAAGAGUUUAAUGGGGAGCAGAGAGGUUUCUGUAGUACUAAUUCUCUAAAUUCUGGAAGCUCAAAUGAUGUCAAAUUAAGUGCUUUAAGUUCAUAUUGUGUAGGAUAUAAUGAAAAUUCCAGUGAUCAGAUAAAACAGAUGCAAGCUCCUUGUUAUACUUUUAAUUCUGGACACAGCUCUGCAGAUGAACAGCCACAGGAGAUUCCUUUUUCUUGUACAGACUCCUCAGCAGAACCACCAGCCUCCACCCUAGAUUCUGACCAUAUUGAUAUAGUGCAGGAUAGCUCUACGCUGAUGAAAAUAAAGCUACCCUGUCAGACUCUCUCUCAGAGUUCAAAACAAGGGUCAUCUAGAGCUGAAAAAAAGCUUGAAGCUAUAACAAGACAUUUAGAGCAGGAAAUGGAUGCCCAUACCAGGGCUGAUUAUUUUGGAACUUGUGUUAAAUGCAGCAAAGGAGUUUAUGGUGCAAAUCAAGCUUGCCAAGCAAUGGGAAACCUGUACCACAAUGGUUGUUUUAUCUGCAGUGCCUGUAGUAGAAAACUUAGAGGAAAAGCAUUUUAUUUUGUCAAUGGUAAAGUGUACUGUGAAGAAGACUUUUUGUAUUCUGGAUUCCAUCAAUCAGCAGACAGGUGCUUUGUGUGUGGACAUUGGAUCAUGGAUAUGAUUUUACAAGCGCUAGGUAAAUCAUUUCAUCCUGGGUGCUUCCGCUGUGCGGUUUGUAAUGAAUGUUUAGAUGGUGUGCCCUUCACUGUGGACAUGGAGAACAAGAUCUACUGCGUCAAAGAUUACCACAAGAUUUUAGCUCCAAAAUGUGCAGCAUGCAGCCUUCCAAUUCUGCCAUCGGAGGGCACAGAUGAAACUAUCCGUGUAGUGUCCAUGGAUAAAGAUUACCACAUAGACUGUUACCGUUGUGAGAGUUGUGCUUUGGAAUUGAAUAAUGAAGAUGACCACCGAUGUUAUCCUCUAGAAGGACAUUUGUUUUGUCAUAAUUGUCAUUUAAAAUACUUAGAGAAUCAUAAUCUGUCAUAACUAAGAAUAAGAAAAGAGUCUUCUGUUGAACUGCCAAAGUGACAUGCUUGGAUAGUGUAAUUUUAGAAUACAAAUAUAUUUAUGUACAGUUGAGUUUUUAGAUUGCACAUUUAUGUAAUGUAUUAUUAUUGAUGUGAAUGGCAUGGUAAUGAAUAAAAGUGGGCCAAUCUGCCAGUUAUGCAAGCAGAAAAAAAAAAAAGCCUAUGGACAGGGGCACACUGAGUGGAUCAUCCACUUUCCUCUGCCUGAGUUUUGUACAGAGGGGAAGGAAAGCAGAUCCAUUGACAUCAGUUCUUUCUUCCAGCCCCAUUGACAGAAAAGGUGUCAGCCUGUGUGGAGCUACGCUGAGGGAAUGUUGACUCUAAAAUGGGAACCUUCGCAUUUUUGCACUGGUGUCUGCUCAAUGUAGCUCCACUAAAAUCAGGAUGCCACGGCAGUCAAUGUGGCUGCAGGAAAGAGCGGAUGACUGUGGAUCUGCUUUCCUUCCCCUCUGUACAAAAUGCAUGCAGAGGAAAGUGGAUGAUCCAUACUGUGCUCCUGCCCUUAGUACAAUUGCUGUAAUGAUGCACAUUUGCUAGAACAACAUUUCUGCAACCCCCUUCAUCAGAUUACCAAGCAAUCCUCAAACUUCCCCCUUAACUAGUCCUUUAUAGAGGUGUGUAUUAAUUACACAUUUUAAAAACUUAAUUCAGUGUCCAUGAAUGUUCACCCUGUUAAUAAUUGAAUUAAGCUGGCCAUACACAACUGAUAAAAGCUGCCAACUCAGUAGCUUACCUGGCUAUGUAUGGAGUCUUCAUUAGACAUCAGCACAGUGAGUUGGUCUUUUCCCUUAAGGGCUCUGAAGGCCCUCAUUAUGGUCUAGGGACCAACCAAUUGGACCAUUCGAAUUUGGCUUAUGGCCAAAUCAGGUAAAGAGACAUUUGUUUAACGAUCUUUGUUCAUUUUCUGAACCCAUUGUUUCCUAAACUUACUCAAUAGAAGUAUGCAAUACACAAAAAAAUUACUUUUUUUCUGUAUUUUUCAUGUGAUUUUUAUAGCACUUUUAUGUUCAUUUAAUCUUACUUUGAUUUUAUGUGUUUGUCCAACAUACAUCACUUAACAGGAAUUUAAAACAGUAACCCACCACCUCUUGAUUUUAGCUGUUUUUUUUCUUUCACAUAUAUAACCACCUGGGACACCGCAGUAUUUUGGAUAAUGGUAACUCACCCAGCUGGUUAUGUUUAUUUAAAUAGCAUACUUUUGAGGUUUAGGGUUCAGGUUUGGGAUUGGGAUUAGGAACCAUUGACUUAUUAUAUAAAGGAUUUGUACAAAAUAUAAUUGUCACAUAGACUAAUUUAAGUUUUAACAGGAUGAAUUCUGAUUAAGUGUAGUUUCCUGAAGAGCUACAGACUUCAGCUGGUGAAGGUAUAAUCCUGUGAGCCUUGUUUUAGUGGCCACCUUUGUUCCUGGCACUAGUGUCCAAUGUGAGAUUCUGCAGACCAUACCUGUACAAGCUCCUAUGCCCACUCCACACAAACUUUGUAUUUAUCAAGCAUCAUUAACAAAACAGACUAAGGGGCAUAUUUAGUAACAUUGGAGACCAACAUCACCAGUGAUGUACACCCAUAAGUCAACCUGUAUUUGGGAACUUAUCAGAACCGUCGGAUAAUCUCUCCCUCUUCCUGUAUGACCAUAAUGUAUCUUCUUGGUAAUUACUUUGCAGAUGGCUUUAUAUUUUCCCCCAUUUAAUAUAAGAAGAAGGUCUUGCUUAUGGUGGGUAAAAGCUUUCUUUGAACUUGAUACAUUUGUUCUGGACCUUGUAUUAUACGGUGUUUUCUAAAGAAGCUGCUAGUACAGAAUCUACAUUUUACACAUUUACAAAUUGCAGGAUGCAUACUAUUGUGACCCAGACAGGAACUAGCAAGCCUACUUUCAAACCCAAGGGACUAUAUUAAUAAAUGCAUCAUUUGAACCUGGGCCUAAACUAUAUGACAAGCCUACUUUGUUCCCAUAUCACAACAAAAAAAACAUUUAAGGAGUUAAUUAGUUAAAUACACACAUGGGGUGUAUUUAUUAACAUUGAAAACAAACAUCACCAAUGAUGUUGUCCAUAGAAACUAAUUGGCAAUUAGAUUCUAAUGGUCACCUACAAGUUAGAAAACAAGAGCAAAGAUCUAAUUGGUUGCUAUUGGCAUCAUCACCAGUAAUGUUUGUCUCCAGUGUUAAAAAAAUACACCUAAGAGCAGUAACCCAUAUGGUAGAAUUUACUGGUCACCUGUUUAAAAGAAAACACCCUAUUGGUUGCUAUGUGUUACUGCUAAUGGACAAAAUGAGUGGCUUUUAUUACCUGUGGGGAUUACCUUGUUUCAUUACACUAGACUAAGGAGGCAAUAAUUCGCUAGCUAAAACUUGUCGAGAUUAUGUAGAAGUCAACGGAGCGUUAGAGGUUUCCGAUUUUUUUUUUACGCUGUUUUUUGUCGAAAUAGUAGAGGUUUUGUUGUAGCGAAAAUUCUGAUUUUGCGACUUUUUCAGUUCAUACUUUUUAGUAUAUGUCAGACAUUUGUGGAAAUGUGUUUAAGUUUUUAAAAAGAAAAAUGAGAAAUGUUAGUUUUAGUAAAUUUGCCCUCAGGGUGGAGUUUAGGAUAACCUUUAACUUACACUGACUGGGUCACUAAACUCACUGGCUGCUUUAGUGUGCACCAAAGAUGAAAACUGCACUAUUAGUGUAUAGAAUGCUCUCAUCUACACAAUCUGCUUAUUAACAAAUUGAUCAAACCAUAUGCUGAAUAUUUUGAGAUCUGGCAUCAUACUGAUAGCCACAUAGCAUUAAUUUGUUUCAUUUCAGGAAGAUGGCCCAAGUGGGUGGCAUUAAAAAGGCGCUGUGCUGGCCUUUAACUGUUUUGUUUAAUUUGUUUUAUUUUCAUGUUUAUUUACUAAUAUUUACUUAUAUAUUUUGCAGCAUAAUAUUUUGCUUUAUUUUAAGAAAUAAUACAGGUAAAGGCAUAGGCUAACAUAAUAGCUUUUAAGAUCACUUGUUUAGACUCUAAUGUUCACUAAAGAUGAUAUAAAUGUGCAUUCAGAUUACAUAGGACUGUUGUAUAAUAGUUUGAGAACAUAUGACAUGUUUCAGCUGGGUCCACUGUUACCAUCAACCCGAGACAGCCCUUUAUUUGCAGGGAUCUUACAGUAUAUUAACAAACAGGGGUCACAGAUUUACCAGUGGAAUUAAGAGAUUGACACAAGGUUACAGGACUGCUAUAAUACUUUGGGCUGACCUAUGAAAUAUCAAACUGGAGAAUCGGAGAUUGAUAUUUUCUCAAUUUAUCAAAACAUCCCUAACUGCUUUUAACUAAUGAAUACCUGAAAAUGGUGCCAGUUUGUCAGAAUGUGUUCAACUGCUUUGAGCAGUCCAACCAGAAGCAGAAGGACCGAGUGCUAUCACCUGCCAAAAUGCCUGAUGCAAAUCACAUGCUGGAGUAAGGAUUUGGAUUUUUUUUCCACACUGGAACAAAUAGAAACUGUUGAAUACUAAAGUAAACUAAGUAAAACUUUACAGAGGGGUAACUAUCUCUACCUCUUGAUAAGACAUGGAGUCAAUUACAAUUUUAUCAGUGCAGCUAGUUUGCCCACAGGGAACAUUAAAAUAUUCUUUUUUUUUUUUAUGAAACUGUAAGAUUAUCACUGUUUUGUAAAUUAUAUAAUACAGUUAACUAUUAAAUAUGUAUAAUCUGAA